GUUUUUGGUCGGGCCAUACAUUCUCUAGCUAAAAUUGGGGAAGAAAUAUAUUUUGGAGCUGAAACUGAUGGGCUGGCAGUAAAGUCAGUGAAUAGUUCACGAACAGGUUUUGCCAGCUUCUUUUUUAAAUCAUCCUUCUUUUUGAAGUAUUCUAAGCAUUCAACAAGUUCGACAAAUGAUUUGUCAGCUUCAACAUCAUGCUUGAUGGUCUUCAAAUCUCUAUCAAAUCUAGAGAAAACAGUUGACAAGUGUAAAAUUUCACUAAAUGUAGAUGAGGAUAGACUGAUGUUUCAACUUCAGUGCAGGCAUGGCCUUGUGAAGACGUACAACCUGACAUAUUUUGAAUGUGAGAAUCUGCAGGCAUUAUUCAACACUAAUGACAACCAGAAUUCAAUAUGUACACAAUCAAAGUUGUUUGCAGAAGUAGUUUCAAACUUUCAGCCAUCGGUAGACGAGCUGAACAUUACAAUGCUCAUUGACAGAGUCCUUAUCAGAAAUCAUGUCGAGGAUAUAAAUGGUGGUGGGGUCGUAUGGGGAAAAAUGGUGAUGCGAUUAUUUGAGUGUAAACGAUGGCGUGGUUAUAUGGGAAUAAUAAGUGGUUAA